AUGCGAAGAAAGAAAACGCGUUCAUUGCUAUCGGUGUGGGAAACCGAGCGUUACCGUACGGACGUGUCCGGCGUGUGCGGGAAACAAGAAAGGGAGUCGAUAAAACGGGCGCCAACGACUCCGGAAAUCUUAAAGGGGGGCCCCGUUGCGCUCGAAGGCCGGGACGCCUCCAGUCUCUCGUAUACUGCGCUUAAUCUCGUAAAGUUUUUAGAGUUGCCGUCACUUUGCUAUUUCGAGAUCUUUAUACACGGGGAACCGUUACGAGCGUUAGUCGAUUCGGGAUCGAAUCGAACGAUCCUUGGGGCCGAUGGCAUACGAAUACUACGGCAAUUAGGGGUGCCGACGCGUAAAAAUUAUGUUACGCGGAUUCGCACGGCCAACGGACAACUGGCGGAAGUACGGGAGGAGGCGGAGGUCUCGUUCGCGUUGAAAAAUCAGAGUCGCCUAAUUUCGACUUGUUUGUUGCCGGAUUUGGCAGUCUCGUGUAUCGUGGGGAUAGAUUUUUUGUGCGAAUUCGGUAUUGGACUAGAUUUCGCGACGACCGAAUGGUACUUUGCGAAGGAGCCCGCGGUGAGGUAUAAUUUUGAAUCACGGAGCGAAACACCGACAGUGUGCAGUGGAUUCUCUGAUUUAACGCCCUCACAGACCGAACGAUUGGAGAAUUUUUUGAAAAGUAGAAUACCGGAAACGGUAAUUAACCCCGGUGUUACUUCUCUAACGGAACAUGAAAUAGAUGUCGGUACGAAUCGCCCUAUAAAACAAAGAUGUUAUUUAGUUUCGCCUAAAGUACAGGAAGCGAUUCAUAAUGAAGUCGAUAAGAUGUUAGGUGCCGGUAUUAUAGAACCUUCGUAUAGUGAAUGGUCGAAUCCGAUCGUGAUGGUGAAAAAGCCGAAUGGGAAAUACAGAUUUUGCUUAGACUUUCGAAAAGUGAAUAGCGUUUCAAAGAAGGACGCGUACCCGUUACCAAAUAUGAACGGUAUCCUAGACAAAUUACGGUCCGCCCGGUAUAUUUCCACGAUCGACUUGAGUCAGGCGUACUUUCAAAUACUCCUGGCAAAAGGAAGUCGGGAGAUCACAGUCUUUAGCGUCCCAGGAAAAGGCUUAUAUCACUUCACGCGGAUGCCAUACGGAUUAACGGGAGCGCCCGCGACCUUCCAGCGCUUAUUAGAUAAAAUAAUCGGACCAACUUUCGAAAAACAUUUAGAAUGGCUAGAGCGCGUGCUAACGAAAAUCUUUGUUGCCGGUCUCACGAUAAAUCCGGAGAAAUGUGAGUUUUGUCGCUCACAAGUUCGAUAUCUUGGAUUUAUCGUACAACGAGACGGGCUUACGGUGGAUAUGGACAAGGUUCAACCAAUACUAGACUAUCCGGCUCCGCGCAAUAUCAAGCAAACAGACGCAAGUUCGGUAGGAAUAGGAGCCGUGUUGACCCAAAAGGUAGAGGGAACCGAACACGUCGUAGCUUUCGCGAGUCGAGCUUUAGCAGAUCCCGAGAAAAAGUACUCAGUUACCAAGCCCAAAGCGAUUGUAUCGGAUAUGGUGGAGGACUUAGACCGAUGGAAAUUGAUACUACCAAAAGAAUUGAGGGAAACAGCGCUUAGAGAGGCGCACGACACACCGCAGUCGGGACAUUUAGGGGUGGAGAAGACGUUCCACCGACUGGCGGUCGCGUACUACUGGCCGAGCAUGUUUCAGGAUGCCGCGAAGUACGUUAGGCAGUGCGACGUCUGUCAGCGUACCAAGGUCGAGCAAGCCAACCCGGCGGGUCUCAUGGGUCACCGCGUCGUGGAGCGCCCAUGGACCAUAGUGGCUGCCGACAUAAUGGGUCCGUUUCCGAAAAGCAAGGCUGGUUUUGCGUAUGUUUUAGUAGUACAAGAUCUAUUCACCAAGUGGAUGGAAUGCUUUGCAUUAAGGGCCGCUAACGGCAAGAAAAUUUGUGAGGCUUUGAGAGAAGUCAUCUCGCGUUGGGGUACGCCAAGAUUUUUGCUGACGGAUAACGGCACGGAAUACGCGAAUCAGACGUUGCGAGCGUUCUCGGAAAAACACGGGAUAACCCACACGACGAUUCCGCCAUACCAUCCGCAGGCUAACCCAGUAGAACGCGUCAAUCGGGUUUUAAAGACCAUGAUAGUUGCCUUUUUAGAGAAAGAUCAUAGAGAAUGGGAUGAGCAUUUGCGAGAUUUUCGAUUUGCGUAUAACACCGCUCACCAUUCAUCUACCGGCACGUCACCGGCGCUUCUAAAUCUCGGACGGGAACCAACGCCGAUAAACUCGAUACGCGAGAGUAGUAUAGCAAUGAGAGUUCUAACCCAGGUCCUCUGA